UCAUCAAUUGGCUGCCCCCUACUGGGAAUUGAGCCCGCUUCCCAGGCAUGGGCCCUGACCUGGAAUCGAACCAUCGAACCAUUCAAGGGAUGACCCUCAACAACUGAGCCACACUGGUCGGGCAGCGUCAUAUUGUUUAUUCUUUCUUCCUGGGCCAUGGUUCUCAUUUCAAUGUUAAUUACACAAAUUGCUUAUUCCAACCAAAUUGAAUUUCCUGGGAGGAUUUGGGAGGAAAAAUGGCAGAAAGGCCCAUGGUCUCCUAGUGACAGGAUGGUCUGGUGACAAGGGCUUCUAGAGUCUCCUUAAACCAGAAGGUGGCAUGACAGUUAUCAGAGGAGAAUGGAAGGCCUUUCUUCCUGAAAACAGCACUGCAUGUGGGUUGGCUCGUGCUUAGUGCUGUCAGCAUGGCGUUCGGAAAGAGCUGCUCCCUUAGUUCUGUUCUGAGAAUAGUUAGUUUUAAGUUUGAUGAGCAGCAAGGGUCAGUCCUGACUCCAUCAGCGAGUAGAGUUCACAAGAUGCAGGUGGUGGGAGUGAAACCAUUUGCUCACGUGUGGCCUGUUUGUUACUCACCGCUAGCUGCACGUUACUGCUGCGAGAGGGAGAACGUCCUUCCCACCAUCUGUCCUGUUUCCUUCUCUCUCACUUUGCAUUUCAGUCCGUUUUCAUCCACAAAUAAAACCUCGACCCCCACGUGGCCAGGCCGGCCGAAGCCCUGGGCCCCCCUGGGAGACCAUCCGUGUUUUACAGGCAUAGCCUGUGGGUGGGGGUUCAUUCUUCCUUGGUGUGAGCAGCACACACUGAGGCUGAGCGGGCUGUGGGCAGGGGAGCCAGUCACCGCCCUGCACUCCCUGUCCAGGCGCUGGGAAGAUGUUUGACAUCAGGAUCAUGACGGCCAUCGGGGUCGCCUUGCUGAUUGCCAUAGUCCUGCUGAUGUUCUGUGUCACCAGCCUUCUGUUCAAACUGACCAGCAUAUUGAAAGCUCCAAAGCUACCGAUGUGCUUGGUCUUAAAAAGUUACCCGUCCAUGGUCACCAGGGACAAGAUCACCGCAGCCUCGUCCAUCACCGCCAGCUGCUACCCCGGCCUCCAGCUCUACGACGAGUGUCAGCUGUGCGCUGACUCCAAGUCCCUGCCGCCCGGCUUCUGCGACGUGAGCGAGGGGCUCUGACCGGCGGCCCUGGCGCCUGCAGGGCGACCUUUCUUAGCAGAAUGUUUUAUUCGAGUCGUUUUAUAGUGUCCCCACUGUGGUAUGUGCUACAGGACAUUCGUGUGCUUUUGAAUAAAUGCAGAAUUGAAAAUA